CAAUUUUAAUAUAGUUUAAACCAUUUUAAAUCAGUUUAAAUUGAUUUAAAUUAGUAUAAGUAUGUUAAAUAUCCACAUAAAUCCACAAAUUAGUUUUUUUGUUUUGUUUUGUAUAUCUAAUUUUGGUAGUUCAUCAAAAUAAUUUUAUAGUUAAAUUUCCAAACUAAAAUAUUUUAUAUAAAUGUAAAAUAUAUAUAAAAUAAUCAAUAAUUUGUUAAUUCUUAUGACCCGUUUAAAUUCCAAAUAAUAAUUCGAGUAGUCAAUAAUCUUUUACAAAGCAUCUAGUUACACGAUUUCAUGAACAUUGACAACCUCAAGCACAAAACCAAUAUACUAUAUACAUUGAUUUAACAAUUUGAAAUAAAAAAGGUUGUUGUGAGUAGAUUGUGUGUGGUUGAUGUUGCUGCAGGAAGCAUGAGCUGGAGGGAGUGGAGAACACGAUUUACGUUGGGAGUACAAUAACGAGACACAAGACUACGUAUGUGAACCUACAAACAAAUAAUCAAACUAACAAAUUGAUCUAGAAAAAGCUGACACUAAUCAAGUAAUCAUAGCUCAUUCGCAUUAGCUGCAGCCAGACUGCUGGUCAGCUUGUUCGGAAUGAAUGAUUCCAUUGUAUAACACACCUGGCAUCAAUACAAAUUGUUUUCUUGUUGGAACGGUCAUGUAUGGAGAAGUAACAAAGGUUAAUCUGCAGAAUGGAACCAAUGUGGGAAUUUGUUUACAGAAGACAAGACUCAAAAUUAUCAACAACUAAUCACACUUGCGGGGAUAGCUCAGUUGGGAGAGCGUCAGACUGAAGAUCUGAAGGUCGCGUGUUCGAUCCACGCUCACCGCAUUCAAUUUUUUCUUAUUAAUUUUACUUACUUGAAAUGCAACGUUUUGUGCAGUAGGGAAAACAUAGAGUGUUUCAGAAAAAGAAGACUAACUAACUAUUAGUUAGAGAGAUUUGCGGUCAAUCAGAAAAGUUUAAACUAUUAAACCAAUUUCAUUGUAUUGUAUAGCUCUGAAUUAGUCAAGGUACUAAAGCUCAAGUUGCCUUAUAGUUUGAUGCUAACGAGUGAGAAAUCCGAUUGUAUUUGUAUAUGUGUUAAGAAGAUUGAUGGCAUUAAUAGAUUGCACUUGUUCACUUUGCAUGUUCUCAGUUACUCACCGACUAACAGAUCAAGAUGGAGAGGCUGACAAGAAAGAGCAGUAUGAUCGUGAUGUUCAAAGACAAAGCUGACUAAUGUGGUUAUUAUUGUUUAUAAAAAUAAGAAGAUUAAGAAAAAUGAAGAUUAAUAAGCUAACUAAGAACCUAAUUUUUCUUUUUAUAAAAAAACUAAGAACCUAAUUUUGAAGAAAAUAAAUGUAACCAGAUUAAAAACUAUACAACUUGUUUGAAGAACGUUGAAUGCAUGUGUGGGUGAAAUGUCCAAAGGCACACAAACCGGGGCAAUUCCCAUGUUGCCCAUCUUGGAGUAAAAUAAUUUGUUUCCGGAGGAAAAAUAAUCACAGAAUUGGCUCUAUAAAUUGACAGCCAACGGUCAACUUCUCAUAUCCAUAGAUAAUAAAAUAGAAAAAGACUAGAAAUGAAGAUCUCUAAAACCUCAUCGUUAGUGAUGACUCUUCUUUCAAUCAUGUUAUGUUUCUUGCGAGCCAAGUCACAAGGAGUUUACUGCAGCAACCCUUACCAACUAUGUUUCCAGAAGUACAUACUGUGUCCUGCAGAGUGCCCCAGCACCGGUGCCGCCGCCACUAAUAACAAAGUCUGUUAUGUAGACUGUCGUAACAUUCUAUGCACCUCCGAGUGUCGCAGGGCGAGUCUAAAUUGCAAUAGACCUGGACCGGCUUGUAACGACCCGAGGUUAAUAGCUGGUGAUGAGAAUGUGGUCUAUUUCUACGGAAAGAGCAAAGAACAUUUUAGCCUUGUCUCGGACCCUGACCUUCAGAUCAAUGCUAGGUUCACUGGCCACAGGCCAGCUGGUCGUUCUAGAGACUUCACUUGGGUUCAAGCUCUAGGGUUCCUCUUCAACUCUCAAAAGUUUUCCCUUGAGGCCACCAAAGUAGCCACUUGGGACGACAGCAUCGACCAUCUCAGAUUCUCUUUCGAUGGCCAGGAUUUAAUUAUCCCCGAGGAAAUUCUCUCCACAUGGUACUCGCCCAAAAAGGACAUCAAGAUUCGGAGAGCGACAAAGAUGAACAGCGUGACCGUAACAAUCAAAGACAAGGCAGAGAUUAUGGUCAAUGUGGUUCCUGUGACUAAAAAAGACGAUAGGAUCCAAAGCUACAAAGUGCCUUCGGAUGACUGUUUGGCACAUCUAGAGGUUCAGUUCAGGUUUCUUAACCUAUCCCCAAGAGUCGAUGGAAUCUUGGGAUGCACUUCUAGGCCUGGUUUCCAAAAUCAGGCUAAGUCUGGAGCUGCAAUGCCAGUGGUUGGUGGUGAGGAUAAGUUCAGAACAUCUUCUCUACUCUCUCAUGACUGUAGGACUUGCAUUUUUACUGGUCUAAGCAGUUCAAUCAAGUGGGAGACUGGACACGCAGUAUUGGAUUUGGAUUGCACUCGUGGGGCAUCUUCCGGAUACGGAAUCAUUUGCAGAAGCAGGAAGUGAUUUUGUACGAAAGACCGAUCUCCUAAUUAACUUAUCGUGUAUAAGCAAAACAAAUGGAGAUCUUACCUAUGAUAAACUGAUUUCUAAUAUCUUAAUUUAUCUCAAACUGUCUAGACAAACUUAAAUUAAAUAGUAUCAUAUUUUUUUUACAGCAACUAUUUAUAAAAAAAUAUGGAAGUGAUUCCGUUAAAAAAUUUACUGAAUGAAGUAAUCUUUCUCAUAAAUGUAAUGUUAUAAUAAAUUAGCCUUAAAAAAAAGAAUGAAGUAACUCGAAUAAUGGGUUAAUGAUACUACUUGAAGUCCCCAAUAGUACUUUACCAUGCGCCACAUAUUUGAAUCUUUCUAAGUUUGAUAUAAAAUUUUGGAUGA